GCUAUUGAAAACCACUACUACUCUCCUGACUUUAAAGACAUCAAAAACCAAACGAUUACCUUAAGUCUUUCAAACGACUAGUCAAGCAACAGCUGACAGUUAUUUAAUAGACUUUUAAAGACAUUUUCAACAUGUCUGAUUGGAAGGAUCUCGAGACCAGCAGGGGUGGUAUUCUGCGAAAGCAGACUUCUGCCCCUUCAGGUCCUCGGGUAACCUUCGCCCGUCCGCGGGCUGAACCGGAUGUGGAAUUGAGCCGUUCAGUUGGUAGAUGGACUGAGAGCAUGUCUAGACCAGCGCAGGGGCCAGAAAGGACAAGCUGGUUUGUACGAGAUACAUACCAGGAGUUGGCCUACGCUCCAGCCUCAUAUUAUCCAAAGAUGUUUGUUCUCCUGGGAAAAACAUAUGAGGAUGAGGAGGUCCCUGCAGGUGUUAGAGAGAAAAAGCUUACAUCAACUGAGAGGCUCAGGAUGUCCAUGACUAGAAUGGAAGCCUCACGAAGGGCCCGUUUAUACUCGAAUGAGGAGGCACGUUGGGCCCUUCUACAGAUUUUGAAAGAUUGGUGUGGCCCUGAAGCUGAUAGACAAGAUAAGAUCACGGGUUCAUCAGCUGAAGGGCUCGUAAGUCUCGUUGAAAGCAGUGGGGAGCGAGAUGAUCAACGAAAGUUGUGCGUCUCUGCCCCCGCAGCUUUCGAAAUGUGGACUGUCCCUCCGGGGACAGUUAAUGAUGAUGAGUUGGUCCCUGCAGCUGGUAGACAGACUGACAUGUCUACACCAGCUCAGGGGCAAGAAGUAACAAGCUGCGGUGAACGAGAUUCACAAUGGAGGUUGUGCGUCUCUGCACCCGCAGCUUGCGAAACAAGGUUUGUCCUUCCCGGGGCAAUUGACGAUGAAGAGUGGGUCCCUGCAGUUGUGUCUACAUCUGCAGCGGCUUUAGAUGAAGAGGAGAGAAGCUUACCAGUGGGAAGACAGAUUGGAAGAGGUGCCUUUAGUAAAGUGGAUGAGGGGAUGCGCAAAUAUGAUGGCAUGAAGGUAGAACUGCUCUUUAUCAAUUUGUUUUGCCAACCCUACAUUAUAUAUGACUUACAUAUGAUUAUUUCUCUCUUGUACGUCACCAUCAAAUAUAUCAAGAAGUCUGGCAAGGAAAUCUAUACUAAAAUACCCUCGAACCCAAGGACAUUGAGACAAACAGACCCAGUUCCGGCCGCCGUGGAGGUCAACACACCACUGAUCUACUGGCCGUCCUUCAACAUGAUGCCCAGCCGAUGCCUGACCAACGACCACCAGCGGAACCUGUUUAAUCUCCUCAUCCGUUUACAUAUAUCUCCCAAGGGUUUUUUCCCUCCUAGGACUUUUUUCCUUCAUUGCAAAAAUAUUUGGGAGGUUUUUCUCCUAGGGGGUUUUUUCAACCCGGGGAGUCAGCCGACAUUGGCUUUACAUAGCACCCUCUUCUAUACGUAACAUUAUUAAUAUGCUCGCUUAUAAAGUUUAUUCAUAGCCGCUGUAUUUUGCUACUUAUAUUGU